AUGUUAGGUGAUCACCAGACCCGCAAACUCUCAAUACUAGAACAAGAAACACAUACCAGGUAUCACAUACACAUGACGAACACACGGACAGACGGUAAAACCAUGUCUCUUCGCCGUUUUGAACAGUUCUUCGACACUGUUUUGUGGAAGCAGAGUAGCGCGUUACGCGCUGUCAGUGUUGGGGCAUGGUGGCGCGCUCAGCCGCCGCCAGCAUCGCGACUGACACUGACGCUGCACUGA